CAGAGUCCUGCAUUUAGCCCUGCCUCUUAACUCUUUUUUGGAUUCAGCCUAGGUGGGGUUUUUACUCCUCUCAUCCAGCUCCUCGGCCUGACAGGACAUAUCCCCUACCGUCCCUUCUUUGGAAACUGGUUGCUUCCUUCCCUCAAGGGCACACGAUGUCAUUGCCUUUUUAUCAGAAGUCCCACCAGCACUAUGAUCUCAGCUACCGCAAUAAAGACCUUCGCACCACCAUGAGCCAGUACCAGCAGGAGAAGAAGAGAUCUGCUAUCUACACCCAUGGCUCCACCGCCUACAGUAGCCGCUCCUCUGCUGCACACCGCCAGGAGUCAGAGGCCUUUAGUCAGGCAUCCACCUCCUCCCACCAGCAGCAGGCCUCUCAGACCUACAGUCUUGGGACCGCCCAGCACUCCUUCGGGUCUGAAGUCAGUAGGAAGGGGACCUCAGCCUAUGAUUAUGGCUACUCACAUGGACUCACAGAUUCCCAUCUGCUGUUAGAAGAUUAUUCAUCCAAGUUGAGCCCCAAAGCAAAGAGAGCCAAGCACAGCCUUCUGUCUGGGGAGGAGAAAGAAAAUCUGCCAAGCGACUAUAUGGUGCCUAUUUAUUCUGGACGUCAAGUGCAUGUCAGUGGAAUUACAGAUACAGAAGAAGAGAGAAUUAAAGAAGCUGCUGCUUACAUAGCUCAGAGGAGUCUUCUUGCUAGUGAGGAAGGAAUCACAACCUCCAAACAGUCCACAGCAUCCAAACAGUCCACAGCAUCCAAACAGUUCAAGGUAUCCAAACAGGCCACGUCCACCCUUCAACAAGAGGAAACUUUUGAAAAGAAGUCGAGGAAAGUCGCAAUUCGAGAAAAGGCAGAGCAGUUGUCACUGAGAAAAACAUUAGAAGAAACACAGGCAUAUCAUGGAAAGCUAAAUGAAGAUCAUCUUCUCCAUGCUCCUGAGUUUAUCAUUAAGCCUCGUUCCCACACAGUCUGGGAGAAAGAGAAUGUAACAUUGCACUGCUCCGUAUCAGGCUGGCCAGAGCCUCGUCUCACAUGGUAGGUCUUCUUCAUGAAACUAACAGACUUGAUU